AUGGUGCCGCUAACGGUCUAGUAGGUGGUGGUUGUUUAUGGCUGAAGAUAUUCUUUUGCAAUACACUGCCGCUGCGACUGAAUAUACAAAAUCGACUGACCGUGGCCCCGAUUCACCGUCUCUUAUGUCAGAGGUGCUGUGCAACGAUGCUAGUCUAGAGAAUUGGACGCAAUACUUGAACAGUGAGCUGACAACGCUCGGUUUUCCAUCGAUUCUGAAACAAUCGGAAUCAAUGGAGGCGGAGCGAGGUGCUUCUGUCAAUGUAGACUUGCUUCAGCUGGUUAGCUGUACAUACAAGUUGCUGCGACAGCAGCGUUCUGAUAUGAGAAUACGCGAGGAGGUUGAAGACCAACUUCAACGGUGUCAGUCUGAUAAAGAACACCUUUCUGCUGCUCGAGAUCGACUGAAGAAUGAUGUGACUGCUUUAGAACGAGAAUUGGACACUGUUGUUCAAAGAAGUCGUCAUGUCGAGGAUCGACUUCGCACAGUGGAAUCGAAGUUGCAAAGUGAGAAGGAUGAGUUGAAGAAGAUUCGAUCUGUGAUGGCACAAAGGUCAGCACAGUUCAGUCAUGAUACGAGAAAGCGGGAGCGAGAAAGCACCAAACUAAAGGACAAAUUGCAUCAAGCACUGAGCGACAGAUCUCAAGAACGAAGGUUUGGUAUGGAUAUGCUCAAUGCAUUGCACAGAGAUGGAAAACGAAGAAUGUGGAAAACUGCAUCUAAGCAUGAGGAAGAUAUGUACAAGGUGAUUAUAUCAAAUUUGGAAGAGAGGCAAAAGGAGUUGGUUGAGGAGAACACUAGUCUUAAGGACUUACUGGUCAGCAUGCAAAGUGAGCUCAUCUUGGUCUUGAAUGGCAACACAUUGCAGCAGGAGGAAUUAGAGUCUGUUGAUGAGCUAAUGGAAGCUAAUGUGCCACCUAGUCAAUUUCAAAUGCCAUAUGAACUGGUAAGGGAAGGCAUUGAAGCAAGUUUAAAGCAGAAAUUAUAUCUGCUACGGGAGCGUGUCUCACAGCUGCAGGAAAUGAAAGCUUCUCAGCUCAAUAAAUGCUUGGGCUCUGCAUUAGAAGAUGAAAAUUUAUGCAAGAAAGUGGAUGACUAUAGCCUUAACAAGCAGCAGGCGGAAUCGAUGCAGCUGCAAAGUCAUGAAAGUGUAAAGUAUUCUUCAUCAGAACAUCAACUAUCUGAUGUCGAGAGAACAAAUAUUGUGGCAGGCAAGAGCUCAGCUAGUUCUGGCUUGCAGAAAGUUUCUACAAAUUUUUCUACAUUAGCGUUAGCAGAAAGCACAGAUGUAGCGCAAACUUUGCAAACUGAUCAGUCGUUGGAACUACAAAGAAGAGAGAAUUUUUCUAUUUGCCAGAACUCGAUUGAAGACUUAAAAGCAAUAGUGACUGAGAACACAGUGUGUCAAAAGUCUUUAGAGAAGCAAGCAGAUUGAACAAUCACGAGCAGAGAAAUGCUUAUGAGUAGUUAUGUGUGUUAUUGUGUAAGUGCUCAUUGCAUUAGUUAUUGAGACAAGUUUGUGUUUGUGCUAGACACUUUGCAAUUGAUACUAUGGAGGCAUAUUGAAACAUUUGUGGAGAAUUUUGUGCAUGUGCAGCUCAAUGUCUUUUCAUAGAAGUAUGUGUUGUCAUUAUUGUUGUUGUUUGUGUGAAGUUGUUAAUUACACUAGUCACGAUUAUUUAUACUGUAUUGAAUUGCACUGCAGGGUUUAUGUUUGCCACACUAUCGUGGCAGUGUAGUAUAACUUUGAAGGUACAC